CUCUCCUUCAAGGUGGCACAGGCACCCAUACCUUCAUACCCUUUUACGCAUUUGUAUGACUGUGUGUAUAUAUAUUUACAUAUAUUAUAAAUCGAUUUUGGAUCUCUUUCUCUUUCUUGGACGGAACUGAGCUCUCUCUCUCUCUCUCGCUCUCUUGGCUACGAUAAGAGUUGCUUCAAGAUCCGCUUCUCGGCCUCUCUCACUGGAUAAUAGAUAUUAGCUGGGUCAACUUGGCCUGAUCAUGCCGAUUUCAGAGGUCCAGAGUUGAUUCGGAUCAAGGCAUAUGGAAAUCAGCGUUCCUCUGUUCUGGGUUGGGCUUUCAGGGUUUCCUCCGUUUGGACCGAGGUUGUGUGGAACACGGAUAAGUCUCGAAAAUUUGCCCUGACGUACACGGAUAAGUCUCGAGAAUUUGUCCUGACGUAACAUUUAACUCAGAGACAGCUGUGUCGUUUUAGGCAGUCCUUGAGUUAACCUUACUUUGGUUUUGAGCGUAAUCUCCGUUCAUCUGUAGCGUGAAAUCCGCAAAAUAAGACAGCUCGAAGAGGUUUUAUCUCCUCUUUAUUUGACGGAAGAAUCAGCCGAUUCCCUGCAGUAUAAACAUCGAAGGGCGGCAUCAUUUCACAGGGGAUGAUGUUAUCAAGCAUAUAAAUGUAAAUUUAUCCUGCUAGGUUUACUGUGAGAGAUCUUUGUUUUCGUCAAAUCUUCCCCGGAGUUGUGUUGCCAUAUAGAUAUAGGAUGGAAGCCGAAACUGUGACGGCUAGAACUGGGCUAGGGUUUAUUCAGCGGAUGGGUCCUGCUCUUGUGCCAGUCCUUUUGAUUUCAAUCGGAUAUAUCGAUCCUGGGAAAUGGGUGGCGGUUAUUGAAGGAGGAGCACGUUUUGGGCACGACCUUGUGGCAAUUAUGCUGCUUUUCAACUUUGUUGCGAUCUUAUGUCAGUAUGUAGCGAUCUGCAAUGACGAGUACGACAAGUGGACGUGCAUGUUCUUGGGAGUUCAAGCAGAAUUCUCUGCAAUUUUGCUCGACCUUACGAUGGUUCUUGGUGUUGCACAUGCACUUAACCUUGUCUUAGGGGUGGACAUGGCAACUGGAGUGUUUUUGGCUGCCAUUGAUGCUUUUAUGUUUCCUGUCUUUGCCUCUUUCCUUGACAAUCGUGUGGCGAAUACAGUAUCCAUUUUCUCGGCGGGGCUUGUAUUAUUUUUCUACGUUUCUGGUGUCCUUUUAAGCCAGCCUGAGAUCCCAUUUUCUACGAACGGAAUGUUGACAAGGUUUAACGGGGAGAGUGCAUUCACCCUGAUGGGUCUUCUCGGAGCUAGCGUUAUGCCUCACAAUUUUUAUCUCCAUUCUUAUUUUGCCGGGGAAAGUACAUCCUCACUAGAUGUCUCGAAGAGCAGCUUGUGUCGAGAUCAUCUUUUCGCCAUCUUUUGUGUCUUUAGCGGCCUGUCCCUCGUAAAUUAUGUCCUGAUGAACGCGGCAUCGAGCGUGUUCCAUACUACUGGUCUCGUCUUACUGACCUUCCAGGACGCAAUGUCGUUGAUGGAACAGGUAUUUAGGAGCCCGCUGGUUCCAGUGGCGUUUUUGGCGCUCGUGUUUUUCGCUAAUCAAAUCACAGCUCUGGCCUGGGCCUUCGGCGGGGACAUUAUCCUUCAUGGCUUCCUGAAGAUAGAAAUUCCGGGCUGGCUUCAUCGUGCUACAGUCAGAAUUCUCGCAGUUGUUCCUGCUCUCUACUGUGUGUGGACAUCCGGGGCAGAAGGGUUAUACCAGUUGCUGAUUAUCACUCAAGUUCUUGUUGCUAUGAUGCUUCCAUCCUCCAUAAUCCCUCUCUUCCGUGUCGCCUCUUCGAGACAAAUCAUGGGCAUCCACAAAAUUCCCCAGGCCGGUGAGUUUCUAGCCCUUUUGACGUUCUUGGGGAUUCUCGGGUUGAACAUCAUUUUCGUUGUGGAGAUGGCUUUCGGGAACAGUGACUGGGCUGGCAGUUUGAGAUGGAACACAGUGAUGGGCUCGUCUUUACCUUAUAUCACUCUUCUCGUGUUUGCUUGUGUGUCUUUGUGCUUGAUGCUUUGGCUGGCAGCCACGCCAUUGAAGUCUGCAAGUAACAGGGUUGAAGCUCAAGUCUGGAAUAUGGAUAUUCACAAUGCCUUAUCCUAUCCUUCUGUCGGAGAAGAGGAAGAUGAAAGAAGAAAACAGAGGCCACGUGAAGAAGAAUUGUUGACUAUGGUGGAAAACAGGACAAAGGAUCAGCCAGAUGCUAGCUCAUGCUAUGACUUGCCAGAGACCAUUUUGAUGUCUGAACAAGAAAUCAGGUCGAGCCCUCUACUGGAAAAUGAGGCCAUUGCUAAAUUCUCUGCUCCUCAAGUGAGUUUCAGUAAAGAUUCUGAAGUGAAAAAACAGUCUUUUCCACAUUCAACGGUGGUGAAUGAGGUCAGUGAUGAUGACGAUUCGGUUGUUGAGACAAAGACGGUAAAGGUCGAGCCAGUGAGUCCCGUGGAGAAAACUGUUAGAAUGGAAAAUAGCGAGAAACGUGUCGAUGAAGAAGCUGUUUCUUGGGAAACUGAAGAAGCACCCAAACCCGCUCCUGCAAGCAGCUACUUGCCUAUUGUGUCUGAUGGGCCACCUUCAUUCCGCAGCCUCAGUGGGAAAAGCGAGGAAGGCGGAAGCGGUACCGGAAGCCUCUCGAGAUUGGCGGGUUUGGGUCGAGCUGCACGUCGAAACUUAUCCACAAUUCUCGAUGAGUUUUGGGGGCAGUUGUAUGAUUUCCAUGGGCAAGUUGUAGCUGAAGCAAGGGCAAAGAAGCUAGAUCUGUUGCUCGGGGUUGACCAAAAGGCAGCCAUUUCUGUGAAAGCAGAUCCUUACGGGAAGGACAUCGGUGGGUAUUGUGUAUCUCCGAGUGCAAGGGGAUCGGACCCGAGUUUUCACGAUUCUCUCAAGCAGCAGAGGGUUCCAGGAGGAAGCAUCGAUUCAUUGUACGGAGUUCAAAGAGGUUCGUCAUCAUCAUCAUCAUUGGUUAACCGGAUGCAGUUGUUGAAUGUGUAUGAAUCGGGUGAGAGAAGGUACUCUAGUUUACGAGUUCCACCAUCUUCGGAUGGUCGGGACUAUCAGCCAGCUACGGUUCACGGGUACCAGGUUACGUCCUACCUCAAUAGACUCGCCAAAGAAAGGCUCGAGCUCUUGCAUUCACGUGGGGAAAUCCCGACAUCGAGAUCUCCAUCUCCAUCCCCCGGUCCCAUGAGUUAUACCGAGCAACUUGCUUUAGCUUUGAGACAAAAGUCUCGGAACGGGACGACCCUUGGACCGGCCCCUGGGUUUCACAAUCACGCUGCUUCUAGGAACACCCCGAUACAAUCCGAAAGAUCUUACUUUGAUGUUCCAUCUUCUGGAUCCACUGAAAGUGUUGUAAUAGCAGCCAAUGAGAAGAAAUUCAGUAGCAUGCCGGACAUAUCGGGACUCUCUAUGGCUUUCAGAGAUAUGCGUUUGCCGAGCAAGAGCGGAUACUGGGAUGGCGGGUCAUCGGGUGGGUAUGGCAUGUCAUAUGGCCGCGUAAGCAAUGAACAGUCGGUAUAUUCCAAUCCCGGGUCGAGAGUUGGAGUACCUCUGGCUUUUGAUGAUGUUUCUCCAUCAAGAAGCUUUAGAGGAUCCUUUAACUUGCCUCAGACUGCAACUGCUAACACUGGAUCACUCUGGUCUAGACAACCGUUCGAGCAGUUUGGUUUAGCCGAGAGAAACGGCGCUGGUGGUGAGCAACAACCUGGAAAUAGAUCAAACCCGGUAAGUAUGGACGCGUCUUCGGGUGUAGAUGCUGAGGCAAAAUUGCUUCAGUCAUUCAGACACUGUAUUCUUAAGCUACUUAAACUGGAAGGAUCGGACUGGUUGUUCAGACAAAGCGAUGGAGUCGAUGAAGAACUCAUUGACCGGGUAGCUGCGAGGGAGAAGUUCAUCUACGAGGUCGAAACCCGGGAGAUAAGCCAGGUGGGUCAUGUGGGUGGUGAGCCUCUGGUUUCGUCGGUUCCCAAUUGCGGAGAUGGUUGCAUCUGGAGAUCUGAUCUGAUUGUGAGCUUCGGUGUAUGGUGCAUCCACCGUAUCCUCGACUUAUCGCUCAUGGAAAGCCGGCCCGAGCUCUGGGGAAAGUACACUUAUGUCCUAAACCGCCUUCAGGGAGUGAUAGAGCCGGCGUUCUUGAAGCAACGGACUCCGAUGAAUCCAUGCUUCUGCCUUCAGAUUCCGGCCAGCCACCAGCAGAGAGCAAGUCCGCCUUCGCCCUCCAAUGGAAUGUUACCACCAGCUGCAAAACCGGCGAGAGGGAGAUGCACGACGGCAGCCAUGGUCCUUGAUCUCAUCAAAGACGUCGAGAUGGCGAUAUCCUGCAGGAAGGGACGGAGCGGGACAGCGGCCGGGGACGUGGCUUUCCCCAAGGGGAAGGAGAACUUGGCGUCGGUUUUGAAGCGGUAUAAGCGUCGGUUAGGGAAUAAACCGACCGGUUUGAGCCAGGAUGGACCCGGUUCGAGAAAGAACGUGACUGGGGCCGUGUACUGAUCGUCAGAGCAAAGGCCGAAGAAGAAGGAGCGACUCUCUUUGUAUUAUGUAUCAAAAAAAGAUGUUUUUGUUGCUGCGGAGAUUUUUUUUUUGUUUGGUUUCUUUGUUCUUGCCUCAUUUUGGAUGUAAUGUUAUGUUAUAUACACAUGAUAGGACGAUAGCUUAAACCGGUCCCGGUUUGUGUAAUUUUAUUUCGAAUCAUAAGGAAAAUGGUCGGUUCUGAACGGUUAAUUA